UUAAUCCCAUAUCCCCCAAUAACUCGCUCUUCUCACUAUCAGCUAGCUAAGAUAUACUGAAAUGGAGGAGCUGAAGCCAACCCCCGCCAACUCAUCCCCGCUCAGCCCACUCGGCUUCCUAGACCGAGCCGCCACCGUCUACGGCGACUGCCCUUCUGUCAUCUACGAACACACCACCUACACGUGGAGCCAGACCCACCGUCGAUGCCUCCGCGUCGCUUCCUCCAUCUCCUCCCUCGGCGUCCGACGCGGCCACGUCGUCUCCGUCCUCUCCCCCAACAUCCCCGCCAUGUACGAGCUCCACUUCGCCGUCCCCAUGUCCGGCGCCGUCCUCAACACCAUCAACACCCGCCUCGACACCCGCACCGUCUCCCUCCUCCUCCGCCACAGCCAAUCCAAGCUCCUCUUCGUCGACCACACCCUCAGCUCCCUCGUCCUCGACGCCCUCCAUCUCUUCCCUCCCAACACCCCCACCCCCCUCCUCGUCCUCAUCGCCGACGAUGAUGCACCUGCACCUGCACCCCAUCCCAACUCCGACUCAUCCCCGUUCUGCGCCACGUACGAGGAAAUGGUGGAGAGCGGCGAUCCGGACUUCCAGUGGACCCUACCGGAAGACGAGUGGGACCCGAUGACACUGAAUUACACUUCCGGCACGACUUCCUCGCCCAAGGGAGUGGUCCACUGCCACAGAGGGCUCUUCAUCAUCACCGUCAACUCUCUCCUCGACUGGGCCGUACCCAGACAGCCCGUCUAUCUCUGGACGCUUCCGAUGUUCCACGCCAACGGCUGGAGCUACCCGUACGGGAUCGCCGCCGUGGGAGGGACCAACGUCUGCGUCCGCAAAUUCGACGCGCCUGUCAUCUACGACUUGAUCAGACGACACGGCGUCACUCACAUGUGCGGUGCGCCGGUGGUCCUCAACAUGCUGACCAAUGUACCGAACAGCGAGCCUUUGAGGAACCCGGUCCAGAUCAUGACCGCCGGAGCUCCGCCGCCCGCCGCGGUUCUGUCUCGGACCGAGUCGCUGGGAUUCGUGGUGAGCCACGGGUACGGGUUGACCGAGACGGCGGGGCUAGUGGUGUCGUGCGCGUGGAAGCCCGGGUGGAAUAAGUUGCCCGCGACGGAGAGGGCGAGGCUGAAGUCGAGGCAGGGGGUGAGGACGGUGGCCAUGACCCGGGUGGACGUGGUGGAUCCGGAUACGGGGUUGCCGGUUAAACGCGACGGUUCGUCGCUUGGGGAGGUGGUUUUCAGAGGCGGGUGUGUGAUGUUGGGUUAUCUGAAAGACCCAAAAGGCACGGCCAGUUGCAUGAAAGACGGUUGGUUUUACACCGGCGACGUGGCGGUGAUGCACCCGGACGGGUAUCUGGAGAUCAAGGACAGAUCCAAGGACGUGAUCAUAAGCGGGGGAGAGAACUUGAGCAGCGUGGAGGUGGAGUCGGUACUCUACACCAACUCCGCGGUGAACGAGGCGGCCGUGGUGGCGAGGCCUGACGAGUUCUGGGAGACACCGUGCGCGUUUGUGAGCCUGAAAGAUGACGUGGGGCGGAGGCCGACGGAGAAGGAGAUGAUAGAGUAUUGCAGAGGAAAGCUGCCGAAUUUCAUGGUGCCGAAGACGGUGGUGUUUAUUGAGGAGCUGCCGAAGACGUCGACGGGGAAAAUUCAGAAGUUCGUGCUGAGAGAGAUGGCCAAGGCCUUGGGGUCCACAAGGCUGAGUCGGAUGUAAAUUUCAUUUCACUGAGACACAUGCGAACACGAAUGUAUUGUCUUUUUUCGAUUAGUACGAAUGUGUAUUGUCCAUAUUUGGAUUAUCAAAGUUGACGAAAGAGAUCUGGGAAUGCAUCUCCUUAUCUUGGAUUAUCAAAUAUUCUCCGGUUGUUA